AUGCUUGCUUUCACAAUAUUGUCUACCUUAGAUAUAAAAUUACCUACUAGUGAUAAAAAUACAUCAUCGCUUAACUUAAAAGUUCAUAUUCGAAAUACGCUCAACGAUGUACAAGAAUUCUCUAUAGAAGAACCUAUCGUUGUUAUCCUGGAUGAAACAUCUAUCAAUACAUUAAUUGAUGUUAUACAAAAUACAAGUCAUAACAAAAAUAAUGAUCCUCUUGUUCAAGCUCUCGCUAGUGGUAAUCAAAAUAUCGUUUCACAAGCGGCCAUUAAUGCACCAUUACAAGAAUCAACAUUUUUUCUUAAUGUUGAUUCGAUCCCUGAAGAUACUAUGUUUAACGAUUAUGAAGUUGAUCUCGAACUUAUUCAGUUAAAUUUAAAUUUACUUAAUGAUGAAGAUGAUUUUUUAAAAGCAACAGCAAAAGAAAGUCGAAUUGUUUAUUAUCAAAAGAAAAAAGCAGAUGAAAUCGAUGAACAAGCUACUGCAACUAUUUCAUUAAUCACUGCAACACUAAAAAUUCAUUUAAGCACAGGGCAGAAGAUGAAAAUGAAUUUAGCAUCAUUGUUAGUUGAUGUAGAAAUUACGAUAAUUGGAUCUCUAUUGAAUAAAUCAAUUGAACAAUCAACAAUGCAUUCAUUAGCUCCAGCUGGUGCUUCUCAAACAUCAGCAAAUACAAAUAUGUCAAGAGCUAUUUCAUUAUCUUUGCUUGAUCAAUUUGGUAAUGAAGUUCCUAUUCAUACUAAUGAUAAACAACCAAUCUAG